AUGGAAGGAGGAAAACCCCACCACGGUCACCAGCGUCAGUCGGAGGAGGAAGCUGUCGCCGCCGCCGGGGACGUCGUGGAGGAGCGCACGCAGGCGCUUCCCGUGCAGGAGGAGGUCAUGGAGGCGGCUGGUGACGCAGAUCAUCAGUUUGAUUUCUUUGUCGAUUCCAUCGCCGUCGGCGAGGCCUUCGCGCACGCCUUGCAGAUGGAGGAGCUGGCCGAUGUGGAGGUCUGGGACCUGGUGCCGCCCCGCGCUGAAGGACCGACGACCGUCCACGCCGCGCCGGCGGGAUCACAGGCCGUCACUCAUCACUUCUUCCCAGCAGGGCCGCCCGUCUUUGACGACGACGUUGCCGGCGCCGCCCAUGCCGACGCGAACGUUCACCACCAGGUAGCCGGCGCUGUGCCACUUCCACGCCACGUCCCGACGCGCCUGAGAGGUAACCAGCAGGGCCAGGACGUCGACAUGCACGAAGAACCAUCCGACUCCUACCAGGAGCUCCACGCCGCCGCGGCGGGUCUGCAGAUCUUCGCCGCCGCCCAGGCCCAGCUCAAUAUCUCUGUCGUCGAUCGUGCAGCCCGGGCCAUUGCCGCCAACAACCAGCAAGCCGCCCCGGCCAAAGCCACCAACAACCAGCAUGCCGGCCCGGCAGCGGCAGGAGGCGCCGACCGACCCUCGGUCCCGCAGCCGCAAGAAAGAGGUGCUGGUCACGUACUGUCCUCUGCAUACACCUCGAGAGGAGCAUCCGCCCAGGGUUUAAGACGCCGUAGGCAGCAGCCCGUUGGUGGCGGUGAAGCGAUAACCCUCCGUUUGGAAACACGGGCUGCCGCACAGGCGACGUCGCGGACCGUUCCCGGUCCCGGCAAAGAAGAUAUCAUCUCGGCAAGACAGGCCAUGCUUGCCGACGCCGCUCAUCAGUCCCCGGUCAUCCUCGCUGUCGUAGAGGAACAAGAGCAUGGCAACAGCUGGUACGACUCCCUCCUCCACGAAGCUCAGGUGAUGGAGGCGAUGAAUGAGCCGGGACUCCAUGAUGAAGUACCUUUCUUCCAGCAACAAUUUCCAAGAUUCGACGAGGAGCCCAGGGAGGAACCCGGCUCCAGUCCCCCCAAGAGAUUGCUCGUCGUCCACCCUUCUGAUCUCGACCUCGACGAGGCAGGCCCGUCGACGACUACGCGGCCGAGGGUGCUCCCUCUCGCCGACGAGGAAGUGCCCAAGUUCGACUGCGGCAUCUGCAUGGAGACCCUCCCCAUCCUGGACCUCUUCCACGGCAUGCAGUGCCAGCACAGGUUCUGCGUGGAGUGCAUGGCCACGUACAUCGAGGGAAGGAUCAAUGCCGGCGAGGUGCCGAUCCCGUGCCCGGACCCGGCCUGCCCGGAGGUGUACGAAGAGGACAUCGCCGUCCUGCACCCCGAGGUGUGCAAGAAGUCCAUCGACUUCGCCGCGUUCACCAGCUGGGGCGACCGCCUCACGGAGCGCGCCAUCCCGCCCAACCUGCGCGCCUACUGCCCAAACCGCCAGUGCGCGCGGGGUGCUGCUCGAGGCCACCGGCGGCAAGACGCCGGCCAAGGCGUUUUGCCCGGUGUGCAGCCACCCAAUGUGUGCCACGUGCGGCUUCGGCUGGAGCCAUGA